AUGUGCUUCUUGCUUGUUAACCUUGAAUAUUAUAUCACUUGUAUGACCUUUGACUUAAUUUUGUAUGAGGAAUAAACUAAUUAUAAGGAAUUAAUUAGAAUAGAGACAAAAAUAUUAGCUAACGAAAUCUGUGAUGAAUUGUUUACAAAUGAAGAUUAGAGUUUAAGCUUAUUUUGUCUCAGUUAAUCUACUCUAAAAUCUUAUUUGUUGGAUUUCAAAAGGAAUGUGACUUUAAGUUUGGAACUUAAUGUGUCUGAACAAAUAAAUGACGAAUGCAAAAAAACAUAGAUUAAGUGGAAGGAAAAUAAAUAUUUAAUUGUGUUUUAUCAAUGUUCUAGAUGGAAAGUUAUAUUAAUUUAAGACAAUCAAGUAAAAACCAUAUUUGAUGCUUAAAUGAUGUAACAAGACACUUACCUAUCAAGCCUCUCUUAAAUUGAUGAUGUAACUUUUUGUGAACCUAAUGAUUCAACUUCUACUCUUUAUUUGAUAGAAAAUAAUUUUUAUAGUAAAUUUCAUAAAAUUAUACUGCAUGUUCAAGUGCUUUUGAAUUAAAAUGGAAUUAUAAAUUCCUUAUUAGUAUAACAAAAAAAUCGAAUUCAAAAAAUAGUAAUAUAGCAGAAAUGCUAAAUGAUUGUAUUAGUCCAUGAAUUGAAUAAAACCGAUCCAUCAAAAAUUGAAGCAGAAGUCCGACUGAAUUAACAAUAUCCAAUCAAUAAUAUUCACUUUCAUUAAAAUCUUCUUUUCUUCUAAAACUAAUUUGAAUUAAAUGUAUAAAUUAAUUAACGCAUUAAUUAGACAUAUCAAAUUUGCAAUACUUCGUUGUAAUUUUUUGAUUUUGCUAAUUUAUUCUGUUAAUAUGAUCAGACAAAAAAAUUGAUAUAAUUUUAUAAAUAUUAACCAUUAAGUGAUUUUAUAAAACCUAAAUUGCAGUUUGUGUACGUAAUUUAGAAAAACAAUUUGUUUAGACGAGAUAACGUUGUAUAGUGUAUUAAAAUUUUAUACGAAAAUAAUACUUAGAAAGAAGCAUCACAAUUCACUGAGUUUAUAAAAUUUCAAAAUAAUUGUUAAAAUAAGUAAUAAAUAUUAUGGAAUUUGACUACCCUAACUCUUUUAAUAAUAGUACUUACUAUCUAUAAAGUAGGGAUGGUAGUCUACAGGUAAGUAUAUAGAAAUAUUAAGACUUUCAACACAAUUGUUUAUAAAGACUUUAUAAAUUUUAUUAGUAAGGUAAGUUCUAGCUAAAAGAAAUAACAAAAGACUACAUAUUUUUUCAAUAUGAAGCUUUUUUUUACAUCUAUGAUUGCAAGCAUUAUCAAUUUGUAGUUUCUGUAAGCAUAAAUUAGUAUUAUGUACUUGAAUCUAAAUCAGCCUUUUAUUUUGUAAAUAGAAAUUAUAGUAGUUAUUUGAGAGGAGUUUAAUUUACAACAGAUAUUAUUUUAAACUUGAAGAUCAAAUUAAAAGAAGAGAUUACAGGCUUUAAAAAAAUUUAUGAAAGUAUAUUUCUUUACACUAACAGUUCGAAUAUACCUAUUAUUAUAUUAAUGCAUUCUUAGUAAAAUUCAGUACACAAUUAUCUAUCAAAAAAUCUUUAUUAACCUGAACCUAUUCUUUCUUAUUCUGAGUUUGGAAACUCAAAAUUUAUUCAAUAUGCAAAGAUUUUAAUCGUAUAAAAUUAAAAGCAAUUAAGAAUGUUUCAAUUUUCAGAUUCAUUAAUUAUUUCUGUUCAAGCUAAAUUUUCAUUUGAUUGUUACAUUCUAGUUUCAGUACAAAACUCAACUAGAUCUUUAAUUCUAAGUUAUUUUUAUGAUUAACAACUACAUCAAAUUUAAAAUUACACUUUUUAGGACUAUUCAUUUUAUUAUCCUUUUAAGUACACAAUAAACAACGAUAACUUAGCUCUUUUACUUGAAUAAAAUAUAUCGCUAUAUAUAGCCAUUUUUUAAUAUAAUUUAUCCAUGUUAUCUUUAAAUGAAAUUAUUGAAACUGAUGAUUCCUUUUUUUAAUUUGAUUCCUAUCGCUUUUUGUUUUCAUUUGAUAAAGUAUGGAGACAUUUAUUCUUGAAACAAUAAUUUGUCGAAUUAAAAAGAGAAUAACCUCUUUAAAACGCCUUGUUCUCAAACUUUUCAAUGAAAAUAAAAGAGGAGGGUGUUUAAUUAUGUAUUUCAGUUGAAAAUCAAUGCUUUGAGUUACAUUCUCUCAUGAAAUCAUCUAUAAUUGAAAUUCUAAACACAAAAAGUUUAAAAUUAAAUAUUUCCUAGAUGUUUAAUGGUCCAAUUAGUAAUUUGACACUAUUAAAUAAUUCAAACAUAAUUUUGAAAGGACCUUUUCAAUUUUUGUAAGAAAUUUCAUUUUGUAAAUAUUAAACUUCAACAAUAUGUUUUAGAAAAUAUCAUUUAGAAUCAAAAAGUUUUACAGUUUUUGUUUAGGAAAAUUAAAUUUUUGAAGUACUUAAAAAUAGUUUAUUGAAUGAUUAUUAUAUAACUUGGUUGAAAUAGUAAAAUUAUCUUUGUGUUUCAUAAUUAUUUGAUAUUCUAAAAAUUGAUGUAAUUGAAUGUUCUGAGAAUGAAGAUGGAGAUUGUAAAAUUAUAUCAAAUCUUAGUGAAAAUUUCAAAAUAAAUUAAACUUCUAUAGCAGACACAAUAAGAGUUGGUAAUUUACUCAGACUCUCAGGUGAAAUGAAUAAGGCUUUUAUUUUUAUUGAUGAUAUCAAUUUUAAUGUCUAAAUGUUCCCUGACAUCAUCAUAGAUAUCCAAUAUAUUGAAAAAUCUAAUAAUUAGUACCUCAUUCUAUAGAAAAGCAGAGAGGAUUAAAAUGAAUUAGAAUUCACUAUAUAUUAGAUUAAUUUGCAUCAAAAAUACUAGAUAUACUCAUUAAUAAUUAAUCAAUAAAUUAUUCAGAAUUAUUGA